ACAGUGCAAUAGAUUUUACCCCAGAACUAAUUCCUUGUAUAAAUUGUCGAAUACCUGCAGAAAAUAAUAACAAAAAACAUUUUUCCCCGUGUUUACCAAAGGCAUUGGCAUUUUCUUACAAAAUGGUAAUUGGCAACGAAGAGAAUUCACCCUCUCCAGCAUCACCUCCGGUAGAUCAGGAAGACUCUCCACCAUUGCCAGCCCCAGUAGGUGAAGCAUUGGGCGAGUUGCUGGAACAAUUGGAGGAUUAUAUCCCAACUGUACCAGAUGCCCUUACCGCAAGAUAUUUGAACCAGGCAGGAUUUGAGACAAUGGAUCCUCGUAUUGUGCGUAUAAUUUCAGUGGCAGCGCAGAAAUUCAUUUCCGACAUUGCCAAUGACGCAUUGCAGCACUGCAAAACCCGAACAAGCAGCCAACACUCUGGUGGUCAUGGUUCAAACAAGGAUAAGAAGCCGAAUAAGGAUCGACGAUAUACUUUGGCCGUCGAAGAUCUAACACCAGCUUUGGCCGAUCAUGGCAUUACAAUGCGAAAACCACAAUACUUUGUGUAAACCACAUCAAUAAAACUUUCAUCUGGUAGAGCAUCAACAUCGUGCAAUGAACCUUUAAAA